AAAAUCAGCUGUUGGAAGAUCAUAUAGACGUACAGGAACCUCUUCAUACAAGAAUAGCAGAAAAGGAAAACCAAGCUACAAAGGUGUCACUGAAGCCCAGCGCGUCCGAGCAACAUGGAGCAAACAUUUAGAGCAGUGACUCAAAACCCUGGAAUUAUAAUCUGGAGAAUUGAGAAAAUGGAGCUGGUUCAAAUCCCUGAGAAAUCGUAUGGAAACUUUUUUGAGGGUGACUGCUACGUACUUCUCUCUACCCAGAAGGUGAGGAACUCUGUGUCUUAUAAUAUCCACCUCUGGAUCGGCUCAGCGUCUUCUCGGGAUGAACAGGGUUCAGCUGCUGUUUACACCAUACAGCUGGAUGAGUUUCUGGGCUGCUUGCCGGUGCAGUACAGAGAGGUCCAGCACCACGAAUCUGAUGUUUUCAAGGGCUACUUCAAACAAGGAAUAAUCUACAAGAAAGGUGGACAUGCGUCUGGCAUGAGGCACAUUGAAACCAACACAUAUGAUGUAAAGAGGCUGCUUCACGUGAAAGGAAAGAAAAGAGUGAUUGCCAGGGAGGUGGAGAUGAGCUGGAAGAGCUUUAACCUUGGAGAUGUGUUUUUGUUGGACAUUGGCAAAACCAUUAUUCAGUGGAACGGACCAAAGAGCAACAAGCAAGAACAACUUAAAGGCAUGUUGUUGGCCAAAGACAUCCGAGACAGAGAGAGAGGAGGUCGGGCAGAAAUCGGAGUGAUCGAAGGCUACGCAGAGGGUGACUUUCCUCAGAACAUGGAGAUCCUGAAUGGAGUUCUUGGAGAAAGAACCUCUGGACUGAAGAAUGGACCUUCUGAUAAAACUGCUGACCAGGAACAGAAGGCUAAACUCACACUAUACCACGUGUCAGAUGCUGAUGGUGAGAUGAAGGUCACAGAAGUCGCUACGAGGCCUUUGGUUCAGGAUCUCCUCAGCCAUGAUGACUGCUACUUGCUGGACCAAGGAGGGACGAAGAUCUUUGUCUGGAAGGGGAAGAGAGCAAAUAAAACUGAAAGACAGGCUGGUAUGGCCAGAGCAUUGGAGUACAUCAAAGCAAAAAAAUAUCCGCUCACUACAAAUGUGGAGACGGUGAAUGACGGCGCAGAGUCUGCUCUGUUCAAGCAGCUGUUCCAGAGUUGGACUGUGAAGGACCAGACUCAGGGAAUGGGGAAAGCAAACACAAGGGGGAAAAUUGCUGAUAUCACACAGGAGAAGUUCGAUGCCUCUAUGAUGCAUGUGAUGCCAGAAGUUGCAGCUCAGGAGAGAAUGGUGGACAACGGUACAGGUCAAGUGGAGGUUUGGAGAAUUGAGAAUGUGGAGCUUGUCCCUGUGGAGCCUGAGUGGUAUGGAUACUUCUUUGGAGGAGACUGCUAUGUGGUUCUCUACACCUACCUGGUCAACAACAAGAAGUGCUACCUGCUCUACAUGUGGCAGGGGCAACAUGCGACACAGGAUGAAGUGGCAGCCUCAGCGUUUCAGGCUGUGGCCUUGGAUCAGAAGUACAACGGCGAGCCAGUUCAAGUGAGAGUAACAAUGGGCAAGGAACCGAGACACUUUAUGGCCAUUUUCAAGGGGAAAAUGGUCAUCUUUGAGGGAGGCACAUCUAGAAAAGGCUCUUCUGAACCAGAGCCUCCAGUAAGGUUGUUCCAGGUUCAUGGUACUGACGCGUCCAACACAAAAACCAUCGAGGUUCCAGCCGUGGCCGCCUCUCUGAACUCCAACGACGUGUUUGUAAUGAAGAGCCAAUCAGCAGUUUUUCUGUGGUGUGGGAAGGGAUCGAGUGGAGAUGAGAGAGCCAUGGCCAAAGAGGUCAGCUCCGUGAUUAGCCACAACUCACAAGGAGGCUCUGAGGAAAUCGUGGCCGAGGGUCAGGAGCCUGCCGAAUUCUGGGAGCUGCUGGGAGGGAAAACUUCUUAUGCAAGUGACAAGAGAUUACAGCAGGCGGUUUUAGACUAUCAGCCGCGGCUGUUUGAAUGCUCCAAUAAGACAGGACGAUUCACUGUGGAUGAAGUGGCUCAGUUCAUACAGGAAGACCUCAACGAGGGUGAUGUUAUGCUGCUGGACACGUGGGACCAGAUCAUGCUGUGGAUCGGUAAAGAGGCCAAUGAAGUGGAGCGCAAAGAAGCAGUAGUCACAAGCCAGGAAUACCUGCGCACCCACCCAGGUGACAGAGAUCCAGACACCCCCGUCGUCCUGAUCAAACAAGGGUUCGAGCCUCCCACCUUCACUGGCUGGUUUACAGCCUGGGAUCCCUCCAAAUGGAGUGGAGGAAAGAGCUAUGAGGAGUUGAAGCAGGAGCUGGGAGACGUAGCAUCACCUGUUAAUGUGAACACUGAGGAGAAGAACUGUGCUGAGAGUGAGAAAAGCGUUCAGUGUUUUCCACCCGAUGCUUUGAUCAACAAGCUGGCCAACGAGUUGCCUGAAGGCGUCGAUCCCUCCCAGAAAGAGAAAUACCUCUCUGACUCCGACUUCAGCUGCGUCUUUGGGAUCACCAAAGACGACUUUGUGAGCAUGCCGCAGUGGAAGCAGCUGAACAUGAAGAAAGAAAAAGGGAUGUUUUGAUAAUAUUACAAGCUACUACAAACUGCAGUACUCUCUUUGUCUCCUGCUUUUACUGAUUUUCCACUCAGGGGCUCAGAUUUGUCAGUACAGUAAUUUCUAAUGAUGUUUUCUUCAUGCUGUAGUUUCACUUUAUCACUCUAAAAUAAUCUGUGAACACUUUAUUUUUUUAAUCUAUGCUAAUUUAAUUCAACUGACACUGUUUAAAUAAGAAGUCCUGUUAUAGAAUUAUUUAAAAAACUGUAAACUAUAUUGCUUACUCUUCUGUGGAGGCGUUGGUGACCUUGUUUAUGUCUGCUGAACUCUGUAGAAGGUUAAAUAUCUAAGCUUAGCUUUCUGACAUUAAACCUAUUAAACAGGAAGGUCCUGACGGAAGUUAAUACACAUCACUUUGCAUGAUUAAAACCAAAAGGCUUUUUUGGAAUUGAAAACAGAAAUAAAAUAAAUAAGUAAAAUACAUGUGUGUUAUUGCACAGCAGCAAAAAAUGUAUGUAAUUUUGUUACUUUAAGCUUACUCACAAACCAAAUCUGAGGAAGGCCUGACAUCCCUUUAAACACAGGUCUGCUUUGCCAUCUGUUGGACAAAUAAUGCUACAACACGUCAUAUUCACUGAGCUAAGAGGGCAGAGUGCUGUUAUAGUUUCAUUGGACUUUUUUUUGUGAAGUAUUUUGGUAUUUUAAAGGAUUUACAGAAGCAGAGUCAGUCAGCAAAGGGACAUUUUCACUCUGUAUUCAUGCAUUUUAGUUACAAGACCAAAAUAAAAAAGGAUGCUCAGCUAAUCCUAAUGCCUUUUGAACACAGACGUCAGCUAACCUGCUCGUUCCCUGAUGUUUAGUUUCAAAUGUCAAGCUACAAUAAAGCUGCUUCUAAAGGUGUUUCUUUGAUUUUUUAGAAGUUCUUCAAUAUUUCAACACAAAUGACAAUAUCAGCAUGAUUCACUCAUUUUAUUUUGAUAUAAAUGUAUUUACUGUUACAUCUGAACAUGUAAUUCAAAGCUCAGGACAAAAUCUGAAAUAUUUAGACCCACAAAAGGCAACAUAUUAUAGUAAGGACUUUUUUUUUUUUUGCAUUGUCGUGUGAAAAUGGAAACCAAAAACAAAAAAGAUUGUUUGAUAAACUGUCAGAAGGUCUGCUGACCAAGUCGAACAGUGUCUGUGACAUUUAAAGGAUACAUUUUGAUAGAUUAAAAAUUUAAACUGAGGACAAAAUCAAGCAACUGAGCUAUUUGACAUGGAUAUGUUAAAGAACUGACCACAGUGCCACCACACACCACUGCAGUAACAGUAGCCUCCUGUAACAUGUCACCUCUGACGUUUUGUGCAUUUUGGCAGCCAGCAAUACAGAUUAUCAAAUAUCAGCAUGUGAACACACGUUGAAAUGAAACAGAACAGUGUGGCAACAGUUACAAAGGCAUA